AUGGCGUCGAAGCAAAUGGAAGAGAUACAGAAGAAGUUAGCCGUUCUCAAUUAUCCGCGAGCAGACGCUCCUGCUCAGUCUCUCCUCUUCGCGGGCAUGGAGCGCUAUGCUCUCCUCGAAUGGCUUUUCUUCAAAUUGUUGGGUGACAAAUCACCGUUCUCUCAACAAAAUCUCCAAGGGGAUGCCAUGGAUCGGGAUGAAGAAACUUCUAGAAUACAGUAUCUGGCAGAGAUAGCCAAGUUCCUGGGAAUCAUGCCAACUAUAGAUACUGAAACCAUCCAAGGACGAGGAAGCUAUGAAGAUCGAACUGAAAUGCUACGUUUAAUAGUGGAUCUUGUUGAGGCUAGCAUUUAUGCUGAUAAUCCAGAGUGGAGCAUUGAUGAACAGGUAGCAAAGGAUAUACAACUAAUAGAUUCCAUUGCAGAGAAACAAGCUCUCAUAUUCUCAGAGGAGUGCAAGUUGUUCCCUGCAGAUGUCCAGAUUCAAUCCAUAUAUCCACUGCCUGAUGUAUCAGAGCUGGAGAGUAAGCUUUCGGAGCAAUCAAAAAUUCUCCUAAAUCUUCAGCAGAAAGUUGAUGAUUUGGCAUCAAAGCAUGCUUACAAUCCAGGUGAAGAGUAUACACAGGUGGAAUCCCAACUUCGGCAGCACUUAGAGUCCUUCUUAGAAACUGCAAGAUCAUUCAACACGAUCUAUAUAAAGGAGAUUCGCCCAUGGACACAUAUGAUGGAAGUGCCUCAGCUCCAUGGAUUUGGGCCAGCUGCUAACAGGUUGUUGGAGGCAUACAAGAUGCUUCUGAAGUUCCUGGGCAACCUGAGGAACCUUAGGGAUUCAUACGCAGCACUCGCUGUUGGUUCGUCAGAAACUGUGGCGGGUGAACCGUCUUCAGUCACAAACAUCAUAUCAGAGUGCGAGUCGGCAUUGACAUUCUUGAAUCACGAUCUUGCGAUCCUGUCAGCUUCCAUUAAUCGCGAGAAAGGUGGCAAUUCAACUCCUUGA